AUGCCAUCACUCAUCUCUCUUAAGAGCAUUCGCCCGUUCAACAGGGAUUUCUUAUUUUCGAACACGUUGCACAUCCGCAGAACCUUGAAAGAGCUUCUGGAAGUGACUCACAAGCCUAUGCUGGAUAUGGUAAAUAUGGAUUUGCCAACCAACGGAGUUGUCGCAGACGAAAGAAAGUUUGAGGCAUACAUCUACAAGCUGAACGACAGGCUCACACAGUGCGGAAUGCAUUCCCGUAUUCCUCCAAACUCGUCGGAUGUUACUUCUGGUGGGCCAUGUCCUCGUAAUCUUGCUAUUUCUCUUGGACAUAUCGCAUAUCGAUUUGCUAUUCCGGAUGCUAAUGAGCUCCGCCAUUACGCCGCUGGAUCAUCAACCAUUUAUGGAGAAAUCAAUCUCGAACAGAUGGCGAGUUUUGUCGAUGAGCUGAACAUCGGACCAAAUGAUCACUUCAUGGAUCUCGGCAGCGGGGUCGGCCAACUUGUCUCUUUUGUGGCGGCCUAUGCUCAAACCAAGAAGAGUGUAGGCGUGGAGAUCAUGCCCAACUUGGCACAAAUGGCAAGAGCCAACGAGCAGUUCAGCAAAUCGCUUCUGCGCCACUUCGGCAAAACUGUGAAUCCAACUCGACUUGUUCACGGAUCGUUCACCAGUCCCGAUAUCGUUCACGAGAUCCAGAACGAAGCUACGGUCAUCUGUGUGAACAACAUCAAGUUUUCGGCGGAACUCAAGUUGGAGCUGAAAAUGAUCUUGUCAAAAUGUGCUGACGGAACGCGGAUCAUUUCAUCGGAGUCGAUUGCUCCGCGCCCUCGUUCUCAAAACUCGACAUCUAGUCGUGUCGAUGAGUUCGUGCGCAUCUCCACUGAGCGCCCUCUUCUUCUGGUGGAAAGCAAUACGUCUUGGACAGGCAACACGGUUCCUUUCUACCUCACCGAAAUCAAACACAAUCAGUGAUCGUCGUCGUCCAUCCAUCUCCACAGCUUCUAUGUCACCAAGACGUCCUCGUUCUCGGGUCAAUUUCUACUUUUCCGGUUAAUUUUUUAUUCAAGAUCUCCCCUUCAUCCCCUAUAGAUCUCACGACUCCUUUGUUCUUUUCCCC